CCGUGUUGCUUGUGAAGGGACCCAAGAUGGCUGAAAACUCAAGGGGGGCACUUAGCAAUUAGCUGUGCAAGACGUCUGAAAUGAAUGGCAAAUAACAGUAUAAUGUAAAUCGCUAUCUUGGAUUAAUUAUUCUGCUCCACCUUUUUAGUCUGCAAUUUUUUUGGGGGAUGUCUGAAUUUUAGAAAUGAAAAAGCGGUCUCUCCGCGGCCCCGAGCCAGAACAUGGCGGAAUACUUGGGGAAGAGACACCAGCUAAUGCUAGUUAGCUGGCGUAAUAUUUAAAGAAGAGGGGAGACGCUAUUCUUGAAUUUAAGAAGUCCUUAUUGUCCGCGAGUAUAACAUAAUGUUAUCGGUGCUCUUCAGCGAUGGAAUUGCUUCAGACAUUUGCUUUAUAGCGUAGAUGUAAAAGCGUUAGCAGCGAACGUUUUAGAUAGCUCGUUAGCUAACAUUACCCGUGAGCGUACAAACUGUACAGAAAGAAAAGCGGUGUGUUUUAUGUGGAAAGAUUUAUUUUGAACACGGUGGCCUCCGCUUUUGGCGUAGACUUUGAUGUUACGUUCCGUAAUUGUUUUGUCCUGUCCGUAACAGAAGAAAGCGUGAGUGUCCUUCGCUCAGUUAAUUAUACUGUCGUUACCUUUGCCACAAUUGUUUCUGUGCUGUUUCUGCCUGGUACUCUGCCUGUAUCCCUGUUGAAAUAAGUUUUGAAGCAGUUAGGCAAAACUAGAAAUAGGAAAGAAACAACUUGAUUAAACUAAAUGCUGGAUCCAUUGGGUUCCCCCUAUGAUUGUUUAGAGUUACUCUCUUCUAAGAUAUUCUAGGCAAAGAUCGAUCCCUUUUUAUAAGAUUUUAAUAGUUCAGAGGUGGAGAGGCGACAUACAGUAGGUAAAACUGAAGUUGUGUUACUAGGUGAAGCCACCCCCUGCAAGAUCCAGAGAAGUUCGGGAAAGGGAAAAGCGGUCACAAUCACCUGCCAGGAUGACGGACACUCGUAGGAGAGUCAAAGUGUAUACCCUCAAUGAGGACAGGCAGUGGGAUGACCGUGGGACCGGGCACGUCUCCUCCUGCUAUGUGGAGCGUUUAAAAGGCACUUCUCUCCUAGUUCGAGCAGAAAGUGAUGGCUCGCUACUAUUGGAGUCCAAAAUCAACCCUAAUACAGCCUACCAGAAACAGCAGGACACAUUGAUAGUCUGGUCAGAGGCUGAGAAUUAUGACCUGGCACUCAGCUUUCAGGAGAAAGCUGGCUGUGAUGAAAUCUGGGAGAAAAUAUGUCAGGUACAAGGAAAGGACCCUUCAGUGGAUAUUACGCAGGAGGUUGUGGAUGAGUCUGAGGAGGAGCGCUUUGAUGACAUGUCUUCCCCAGGUUUGGAGUUACCGCCAUGUGAAUUAAACCGCCUGGAGGACCUCGCUGAGCUGGUGGCUUCUUCGCUUCCAUCACCACUGCGGCGUGAGAAACUGGCAUUGGCAGUGGAGAAUGAAGGCUAUAUUCGCAAACUUCUAGAACUGUUUCGUGUGUGUGAGGACUUGGAAAACAGAGAAGGACUACACCAUCUAUAUGAAAUAAUUAAAGGCAUCUUCUUGCUGAACCGCACUGCACUCUUUGAGGUGAUGUUCUCUGACGAGUGCAUCAUGGACAUCAUCGGCUGUCUGGAAUUCGAUCCAGCACUACCACAACCGCGACGGCAUCGAGAGUUUCUGACUAAGACGGCGCGUUUUAAGGAAGUUAUUCCCAUCUCUGAUCCUGAGCUGCGUCAGAAAAUACACCAGACAUAUCGUGUGCAGUAUAUUCAGGAUAUGGUGCUGCCCACACCCUCUGUAUUUGAGGAAAACAUGCUGUCCACUCUGCACUCCUUCAUCUUCUUCAAUAAGGUGGAGAUAGUGGGCAUGCUACAGGAUGAUGAAAAGUUCCUGACUGACCUCUUUGCACAGCUAACAGAUGAGGCUACUGAUGAUGACAAAAGACAAGAACUGGUCAACUUUUUAAAGGAGUUCUGCGCAUUUUCACAAACAUUGCAACCUCAAAACAGAGACGCCUUUUUCAAGACUUUAUCAAACAUGGGCAUUUUACCUGCACUAGAGGUUAUACUGGGAAUGGAUGAUGUUCAUGUGCGUGGGGCAGCCACAGAUAUCUUCUCUUAUCUAGUGGAGUACAACCCCUCCAUGGUACGAGAGUUUGUCAUGCAGGAGUCUCAGCAAAACGAUGACGAUAUUCUUCUCAUCAACCUGAUCAUAGAACACAUGAUCUGUGAUACUGACCCAGAGCUUGGUGGAGCGGUGCAGCUUAUGGGUUUGCUACGGACUUUACUGGAUCCAGAGAACAUGCUCGCCACUGCAAAUAAAACAGAAAAGACGGAGUUCUUGAGCUUUUUCUACAAACAUUGUAUGCAUGUCCUCUCUGCUCCAUUAUUAGCCAACACAACAGAAGAAAAGCCUAGCAAAGAUGAUUUUCAAACUGCCCAGUUGCUCGCCCUGAUUUUGGAGCUGCUAACAUUUUGCGUUGAGCAUCACACGUAUCACAUCAAGAACUACAUCAUCAACAAGGAUAUUCUGAAGAGGGUCCUGGUUCUUACAGCAUCUCAGCACGCCUUUGUGGCACUAUGUGCCCUGCGUUUUAUGAGGAGGAUUGUUGGCUUAAAGGAUGAAUUCUACAAUCGGUACAUCAUGAGAAACUUCCUUUUUGAGCCUGUCGUUAAAGCCUUCCGCAACAAUGGCUCCCGCUACAAUCUUCUGAAUUCGGCCAUUAUUGAGAUGUUUGAAUAUGUCCGUGUGGAGGACAUCAAGUCUCUGACGGCUCAUAUAGUGGAGAACUACUGGAAGUCUCUGGAGGAUGUGGACUAUGUUCAGACAUUCAAAGGCCUAAAACUGCGAUAUGAACAGCAGCGAGAAAGGCAAGACAACCCCAAACUGGAUAGUAUGCGCUCCAUCCUACGGAACCACCGCUACCGCCGCGAUGCACGGACGUUAGAGGACGAAGAGGAGAUGUGGUUUAACACGGAUGAGGAUGACCUUGAGGAUGGAGAGGCGGUUGUUCCACCCUCAGACAAGAUGAAGAGCGAGGAAGACCUCAUGGAACCAAUUAGCAAAUUCAUGGAGAGAAAGAAAUUGAAAGACACGGAGGAUAAAGAAGUAUUAGGAAAGUCAGGCUUGUCAGGGAGGCAGAAUCCAAGCUUCAAGCUGUCGUUCUCUGGAUCUACUAAAACCAGCCUGGCGAGUCCUCCUUCAUCAGCAUCCCUGAACCCAGGCUCUCCUGGAUCUCCAGGGUCUCCUGGCUCCGGGGCCCGGAGCUCACCCCCCACAACAGCUGUAACCACAAAGGGAGGUUUAGUGGGACUGGUAGACUAUCCUGAUGACGAUGAAGAGGAGGAAGAAGAGGACGACGGAGAAAGUAAAGAGGACACUCUCCCACCUUCAAAGAAGUCCAAACUGAGCUCGUAAAGAAGCAGCGUUGCAGCUAUUUUUCUGCUCAGACUGUCUUGAAACAGACUCUUGACAGGAAUGAUCAAACUUGUAGACAAAUUGAAUGAAUGAGAGCCGCCCCUCGCCCCGAGUGGGUGGCCCAACGAGGAGCAGACUGGUGAUGGGAUAUAAAGCCUCCUCAGACUCACCCAGUUUAUAGAAGUGCCAAUCAGGAGACCAGGAGUGGACAACCCGUCUGAGAAGCGAAGCAGACGUGAACGUUUUGGUGGAUAAUAGAUUUCUUACGAGAAAGCCUAGUUGUUGUUUGGUGAUUUCUCAACUGGAGGAAAUGACCACAUACCAAUACAAAUGUACACACAGAGCAUGUAUGCUCAGACCAUAACCCACUGCCCCCUCCCCCCUGCCCACCCCCCCACUCAGGGAAGGACAUCACAGCGACCCAGUCGGGCCAACCAAUUCAGACCCACAACCACCUAUUGCACCCCCAUUCCCUCCCUAGAGUUCACCUCCUCACUGUUCCUUUCCUGCUUCCUUCUUUCUGCUCUCGUUUCCUUCUCUGUCGGUUGCUUUUAAUUCCCUUUUAAGUUAGUUUAUAGGACCAGAUGGGAGGCAGUAUGAUGCGAACAGCUGCCUUUGUUGUCAUCAUUGUUGUUACUCCUCGGUGGACGUUCUUUCUCUGAAGAGAAAAAAAAAGGCCAGCAGUUUUUUUUUUUUCAUUAAUUUUUUUCCUUUUGUUCUCUAUUUGUCUCUUUCACCUGUUUUUGUAAAUGACAACAAAAAAGACCUGCCUUUAAAUGUUCAGGACGUUUUCAGUCACACUUGAACAGGUUUUUAACGACCUCAGUAGGUGAGCUAGUUUUACCCUUUUUUGCCCUUUGAAACUGCAGAUUUUUUGGAGAAUUUGUAAUCCCAUCUUGAUUAAAGAUUGAGUGGAAUUCUAGAUGUGAUGAUUUUUGUCAUAUCUCAUUUUUUCCCCCCUUUUAUGAGUGUACACUUAGUUGUUUGGAAAAUUUGGGACCAUUAAAAAUGAUCUUUCCUGUAA